AUGGAACGUUCUUUGCUUGGAUUAAAUGAUUUACCAGAUAAAGUUCUAAUAAUUAUUUUGAAAAAUUUAUCUCAGUUGGAAGCAAUCAGUACUUUUAUAGAUGUUAAUAAACGAUUGAAAACAAUUGUAUGCGAUUCAAUUUUUACUGGUCGUUUAACGUUGAUGAGAUGCUUGUCAGACAAGUGCUGCCGUCCAAUAUUUGAUCCGUUACUUGAUCCAAUGCUUGAUCGAUUUUGUUUACAAAUUUUACCUGAAAUUCAUCCUCAUAUCAAAUGGCUAAAUCUUGAAUCAUCAUCUAUGGAACGUAUACUUGGUGCUACAAAUUAUCCGAAUUUAUAUGGACUUGGUUUAUAUAAUAUGGACACAGAAAUAGCUCGAUCUCUCUUUACUGAAGAAUCUUUUUUCGGUUAUGCCUUCAAAAAACAAAUUUCAUCAAUUGUUAUCAAUAAUGUUGUAGAUAAAAAGCUUAUUUCAAUGAGACAUACACUUCUAUUUACACAAAUCUUUUCUUUAUUCACCAAUUUAAAAUAUUUAUAUUUUGAUCCGUCUGCACGUUAUUCUUCGACUUUGUCAUUUGACAAUGCACCUCCAACUGUUGUCAGUUCAACUCUCGUCGAAUUACAUGUCACUUUUGACAAAUUCAAUGAUUGUCUUUAUUUACUUGAUGGACGUUUCAAUCAACUUCAAACUCUAUAUGUUAGUAUGUUUAUGAUUCCUUUAUUACAUCCAAAAAAUAGUAAUAAGGAAAAAAUACCUAAUUUAAAAUGUUUUUCCUUACAUUGUGAUGAAGAAACAAAAGCUUAUGAUGAAUUGAUUGUGCCACUUAUACAGCGAAUAUCGAAUUUAGAAAAGCUAGAUUUAUGUUUUACAGUUAUUAGCAAACCAACGUUUGUUGAUGGUAAUGACUUGAAGAAGAAUAUUAUCAAUCGUCUGCUAAAAUUAAAAAAAUUUUCGUUUAACAUUCGUUCAAUUAUUGAUCUUGACAAUCAAACUAAUUUACCAUCAAAUGAAGAUAUUCAACAAACAUUCCAAGAUUUUCAAGAUAAUCAAAUUAUUUCUUGUAUUGAUUAUUUUCUCGAGGUUGACAAAGGUGAAUGUCUCAUUUAUUCGUAUCCAUAUAGACUGAAAGAUUAUGACCAAAUUUCGAAUAAUUUUUCCGGUGGCAUUUUUAAAUGCGUCCGUACUGUAACUUUAUGUGAUGAACAUCCUUUCGAACAUGAAUUCUUUCUUCGAAUUUCUCAAUCAUUUCCAUUUCUGAAGAGUUUAACUGUAAUGAAUGAUAAGCCGCAACGGAACAAAUUACAAACUGAACCAAAGAAGAACAAUCGAGCUUUACCAAUCAUUAGAUAUUCUCAUCUUGUUAAACUUGAUCUAACUGAUGCUCACGAUGAUUAUAUCGAACAAUUUCUAGUCGAUUGGAAAACGUCUUUAUCCAAUGUUGUUCGUCUUUCUGUGUUUUAUCGACCAUUGCUAAGGGUAACACGAAAUUUUACAAGAAAUACAACACGAUUGAAUUGUACAAAAGUGAUUCCUUUAUGUAUAUAUGAUAAUGGUCGUCUAUCUCAACAUAUAAAAGACUAUUUUCCUUCUGAAAAAGUAUUUGAGGUAUUAUAA